AUAUAUAUGAGACGUAAAAUAAAAAGAAACAAACAAACAAAAAAAAUCCUGUGAAACCAAGUUGUAUGUUGACAUGACAUUAUUGCUCAUAAUAUUUAAUAGCAGGGACCAAGUAGUUGCGCUUUUUUUUGCCGCUGCAUGACGGAUAAUUGUGAAAGUAAAAGAACAGGACGAAGAGUGGGUCACUGGUAACACGUUCUGGCCCCUUCAGUCAUAUUCGUCACGUCAUCGUGAACUGUCCCCUCCUUGUUGCCGUACUGCAACUGUCUGACUAGGAUUGUCAUGUCACCUAAGGUUGUGAAGUUUCUGGUAGUCCCUGCAACAGCUGUCUUCGGGAUUGCCUCUAUCCGGGUGCAUGCCAUGGGGGGAGCACAUGUGGAGGGAUUACUGACCCAACAACAGCUGUCCAUCUACACACCCGUGCCACAAAAGAAGUUUCACUAUGUGGAUGAACAACCAGGUGCACUCCAAAGUGCCCUUGGGACAGUAAGGCAACAGCUGCAGUCUUACCUGCGGGCUGUCAAGGGUUCCUUACUGUCGACAAAACUUAGAGUUGGGAACAUCUACCAUGCUGGAGAAGAUGUUUACCACUACCUUAAGGACCCUCCUCCGGGGUUUUUGCCCAGAGUGGGCGUCAUCACAGGGGCAGGCCUGACUGGCUUGAUCCUGGCCAGGAGAGGCUCUCGCCUCAGGAGGCUGCUGUUGCCGCUGGGUCUGGCCUCUCUGGGGGCUGGCGUCUGCUACCCGGCCCAUUCUCUGGCAUUCCUCAAGGUGAGCGGUAGACAGGCCUGGUCUGCCUCGCAGUGGAGCGCCUCUGCCGUGAGCUCUCUGUGGAGAACAGAGCCGUCUGCAGCCCCCCCUGCACCACCACCACCACCUAUCUCCCCCGCUGCAGACUCGCAGCGUUCACAGGCCAGCAGGCCAGAGCCCCCGGCUCCAUCUGGGCCUCCUGCGCCCCCUGCGUCUGACCCCCCCACAGGGGACACUACCCUCCCACGGUCCCCCGCUGCCCCUCAGGCUUCUGGGUCGGCACACGCUGUACCCACAUCUAGGCCUGGAGCCCAAACGUCCCCCCCUGCUGGGAAGCCUGGCUUCACUGCCGACCCCCGUCUCAUGGACUUUGGCCAGUCGAGCCCAGAGGAUGCCGACCUCUACAGCACACGCGGCUGAACAUGGCAGCAUGGGAACACACACACACACAGACACGCGCGCAUAUGUGUGUGCGUGUGCCAUUGCCAUACUACUUACACACAGGACACACUCACUCACUCACUCAGACACACCCACACACACACAGACACAGAUAGGCCAUGUGUGCCAUUGCCCUACUACAUACACCCAGGACACACACACACACACACACACACACGUAGCAACAACAGUAAACUGACUCAUUACAGUAGUCAAACACAUGCAUCCACUCACACACACACACACACUCACACACACACAAACCCAAAUGCACACAUACAUAUUAGGUGCUUCAUCUUUAAAUGGGACAAAGUCUACAUUCAAAUUCAAAUGGCCUCUUGCCUAUUUAGGUUGUGCUUGACAAUCCAUGAAGCUUUAAUGCUAUGCAUUCAAUGAUGAAAGAAAAUUGUUGCUUUAAAUACAAAGCCAUAAAGCUUUAUAGUGUAAUUUAACCAUAUUAUGCAUAUGAGUGUAAGUAUGUGUCAUUUUAGCUUGGAAUGGAUAAAGAAGACCACAGGAAGUGCAGUCUCGCACAUUAAGAAAGCAAUGUUCUGUUCAGUCCUGUACUUUUCUAAAAAAGGAAGAACAUGCACGCAAUGAAUUGCACUAAAAUUAGCACUUACGAGUGUGUUACUAUUGCCAGAUGGACCUGGCUUAAUGUAUUUGUUAAUGCCUUUUUUGAAUUGGUUUUGUUGAUUGGCUUCGCAGUGCAGAUUUACGAAGUGGAGCCAAGUGAGUCGUCAGUGAAGAGAGCGACUCUGUGUGCCAAACAGAAGGCACCUUCGUGCUUAUCCAGUAAUUGUUUGUUUCAAAUAGAGUAUAUUUCUGAUAAAUAUA